UCAAUUCAGUCAUUUACAUCAGUUGAACGAACAAACAUUAUUUCGUUAAAAAAGAGUGAAGCUCAUUUUUGCUGUGCAGUAAGAACACAGCACGCACACGGCAAGCCAAUAAUACUGUGCAGAGGAUAUAUACACAUGUUUUAGAUUGAUUGUGUGAACUUACAUCUCUAUUCUUUUUCGUUUUUUUUUUGCAUAUUAAAAUAGCGAUCCUAAUUUUAAAUUUUAUAUUGUGAGACAGUAAACCGUUAUAGCAUCACGUUUGGUGUACAUCUCGGCAGUGUUUUGAAAAAUAAUCGAAAGAAAAGAAGAAAAUUGUGUCGAAACGGGUUUUUUCUUUCAAGAGAAUAGAAACAAAAAUUAUUAUUUUUAGAUUCAGUUCUGUGAUACUUCAUUGAGAAAAUGCCGCACUAUCAUCACAAGAAGAAGAAAAACCAUCGCAAACACACCACCAAAGAAGAUGUUACCGAAUCGGUCACAUCAAGUACCAGUACGUCCGACACUGACAAAAAUGAGGAUGAAGGACAACAAUCGUCCAGCGAGCCUGAUCAAAAUAAUAACGAUCAACGGCCGUACGAAAUAGCUAAUUCGAAAGUAAUGGGUCGCUAUCUGGUAUCAGCAAGAAAUUUAAAGGCAGGUGAAGUGGUGAUAGUUGAGAAACCGAUCGUUAUUGGCCCGUGUGGGGAGCCGGUUUGUUUGGGAUGUUAUAUACCGAUACCAACGAGAAGCAAUCAGUACAAGUGUCCAGGUUGUGGUUGGCGCUUGUGUGGCCCGAAAUGUGUCGGUUUGAAAUCGGAUAACGGUCACAGUUCGUGGGAAUGUUCCACGCUUCGCGAGAAACGGGUAGCCGAUCAUUUAGAUCGAAGCAAAGGUAAAGAGUUGAUUAAGAUGUACGAGGCCAUUGCACCGUUUCGAUGCUUAUUGUUGAAAAAGCACGAUCCAAAACGUUGGGAACGCUUGAUCAAAAUGGAAGCACAUAAUGACAUUAGGCGCAACAUAUCAUCACUGUGGAAUCGCAAUCAGGAAGUGGUGGUUAAUCGCCUACGAAAUGUUUGGGGUUUCAACGAAUUCAGUGAAGAGGAGAUACACACAAUGUGUGGAAUAUUAGAAGUCAAUUGCUUUGAAAUUGGCCAGAACGGCAGCAGAGCUCGAGCCUUAUACGACGAAGCCUUUCUGCUAGCACACGAUUGCUCGGCGAAUACGUCGCACACUGACAACCCAAUUAAUUACGAAAUGACCAUACGAGUGACAAGAGAUGUUCCGAAAGGAGAUGCAAUCACAUUGAGCUAUGCAUACACAUUGCAGGGUACGCUGAAGAGGAGAGAGCAUCUUCAAGAGGGUAAAUUUUUCUGGUGUCAAUGUAAGCGCUGUUCCGAUCCUACAGAGCUCGGAACAUAUUCAAGUGCAAUCCAGUGUCCUAAAUGCCAUGGUGGCUUAAUAUUAUCAACAGAUCCUUUGGAUCAAGAUGCACCGUGGAAAUGUCGCGCUUGCGCCUACAUCGUAACGGGUCGAUCGAUGCUGUUGCUAGUCGAUACAGUCUUCAAAGAACUGGAUUCCAUCAAUUCGAAUGAUGUUUUAGGCUUCGAGGAAUUUCUAGAGAAAUAUCGCAAUGUCUUCCAUAAAAACCACUACUUGUGCAUAUGUGCAAAACAUUCCCUAUUUCAAUUGUACGGCCGUUCCGAAAAGUUCAUGAUCCACGAACUGUCCGUCGAUCAAUUGCGAACCAAAGAGAAUUAUUGUCGUGACAUUUUGGAUGUGGUAGACUUAUUAGAACCGGGACUAUCAAAACUCAGAGGUGUCAUUAUGUACGAGCUACACGCACCAGUUAUGAUCCAGGCGACCAGAUUAUUUGAAACCGGCGAAAUUAAGAACAAUGAAUUAAAGAAACGGUUGCGUGAGGUUAUAAGACUGUUGAAGGACAGCGAACAGAUAUUGAAAAUGGAACCGGAUGGCUCCAAUGAGUAUACAAUGAGUGUGGCAGCGAGGGAUGCAUUGCAACGUAUUGGAAAAGUUUAGCGGAAGCAGAUGGUUGAGAUUUUUGAUUUUAUAUUUCGUAAAUAUUCAUGUGAUUGUUUGGGAUUUAUUAAAAAUGUGAAAUGUUAA